CAGUUGCUGGGGUGGCCGCCAGAGAACCUUGGUUGCUUGGCUACGCUCUCCCAGCACCUUCGAUUAUCUUGCAGCUUCAUGACCGACUCCUGCCUUCAUGGGAAACUUAGCUGCGUUUUUUUGUUGAUAUUAAACCUAAAGAACUAUUGCUACCUGGAGGAGCUUCAUUACAGGGACGAAUAGUAUUAAUCUCGACGAGAUUUUUAAACGAUUAACUGAAAUGGAAGUUGCGGUUGACUCUGAAACUCUCACUGAGGCUGUGGACUGUAUUGGUCUCUCGAUAGUUCAUGUGAGAAUGUUGCAACUUGAGAAACAUGUGUAAUGUUGAUGUUAUGUGACAGAUGCCGACGUUCACAACAAGUCGCUGCCAAGUGAAAGCAAAUAUGUACUUGUCUCUAGAGUCUAUUGAUGAGGACCAGGGAAAGGGUGUUGAGCCCACGAGUGGUGCCUUGGUCGAACCCCUUUUCCAGUCACCUGGUAAAUUCCACCCCACACAAGUACUUGACCAGCGUCUUCCCGUCACCGCCCAGACACACCCAACCCCACUACGGCCUCUUUCGAAUUCUAUAAACCACAGCAUCGCGAAUGAGGCGACAAAAUCCAGCAUCAACUCGGGUGUAAACAUCGCCUUAUUCUCCCCUACGAGUUCCCUGAGUGGCCUCAGUUUGUUCGUGACUAGCUGCAGCAGCCCCAACUCUGAGGCAGCCGACAUUGCCAUGCCCUCCACCCCGCCUUACCAGAAUAUGGCAAGGAACCUCUUCGUCAUCAGUCACAACGGCCUCGGCCCAACACCCAGCAAAAGUUCUCCGUACCAUAGCAGUAAACAAGAGCAACAGGAGGACCUGAUGUCACACAUGUACGAGGAGAGGAUGAGUCCUACCUUCAUCACGCUGCCCAGCUCAGGGUCUGUCAUCCAUCCGCCAGCUAACGACUGGACCGCCAAGGAGCCCUCAGAGCGGCCCUUAACGAUAAUGAGGUCAUCCCGCAUGAGGCAGAUGCUGGCCCCCAAUCCCGCCGCCCUCCUCCUCAAUGGCUUUGUUUCCAAUGCAGUGGGUCCCUCCGGGAUGCCCUCUGUCGACACUCGGUCGCUCGACGGCUUCUUGAACACACCCAGCAAGGUCAUCAAGAGCUCGACGAGUAGCGACCCUGAUGCGAACGUGGGCGUGGUGGGCGUCUCAUCAUCACGGGCGGACUUGGUGUUGGAGGACGAUGAAGAGAAUGGUGGAGAGUGCGGAUGGAUGUGCCUCCGCCCACAGAAGUUACAGAAAACCCGCACAGCCAAGUGGGUCCUCUUCUGGCUGUGUUGGGCGGCCGCUGCUCAGGGUAUGGUUGUGAACGGGUUCGUUAACGUGUGUAUCACCACCAUAGAGAAGAGAUUCGACCUGCGCUCAACUGACUCAGGUCUGAUAGCCGGGGCGUACGACAUGGCGUCAGUGUUGUGCUCAGUACCUGUGUCUUACCUGGGGUCACGGCCUGGCAGCUCCAAGCCCCGCUGGCUGGGCUGGGGUGUGUUUAUUAUGGGACUGGGCUCCUUCGUCUUCUACCUGCCUCACUUCGGCUCCCCACCCUACAGCCCCAGCAGGAGCGACACAUCCGCCAUCCUCUACUGCCUGCGUGAGGGCACGCGGGAGACACACUGUGGGGUGGCGGUAGCGAACUGGCUCUCCUCCUUCCGCCACAUCUUCGUGUUGGGUCAGUUCCUGCACGGUGUUGGCGCCACGCCCCUGUACACCCUGGGAGUCACCUACCUCGACGAGUCUGUGCCCACCAAGAUGUCAUCCAUGUAUCUCGGUAUCUUCUACGCGAUGGCGGUGCUGGGGCCGGCGCUAGGCUACCUCUUGGGGGGACAGUUUCUCAAUGUGUAUAUUGACUCGCCCUCCGUCGACCCCGCCAAAUUUGGUCUCCGUGUGAACAGUGACCUGUGGCUGGGCGGGUGGUGGAUAGGCUUCCUGGUGUCUGGUACCAUCUCUGUCCUUAUCUCCUGGCCUGUCAUGGCCUUCCCCUCCCACCUGCCUGGAGCCAAGGCCAUCAAGGCAGAGAGAGUGUCGGAGGCCUACGGGUCGGGGGUGUCGUCGGUAAGCAGGUCAAGUGGAUUCGGUCGACUGAAGGACCUGCCGGAGGCGGUGAAGGUGUUGGCGUAUAACCCAACCUUCGUGGCGCUCUCCUUGGCGGGGGCCACCGAGGGCAUCCUCCUCACAGGAUUCGCCACCUUUAUGCCUAAGUUUAUAGAAAACCAAUUCAGCAUCCCGGCCAGUUAUGCUGCCUUGAUCGUAGGGUUUGUGGUGGUGCCGGCUGGAGGGGGCGGCACCUUUAUUGGGGGGUGGUUGGUGAAGAAGCUCCAGCUGAGAUGUUCUGGAAUCCUCAAGAUGUGUAUCGUGUUCUCCCUCUUCUGCCUCCUCUCCUGCUUCACCUUCGUCAUCUCCUGUCCCAAUAUCGACUUCGCAGGGGUCAAUGUCGAAUACAGCAACACAUCACUGACGCCGAGCAUACCCAACCUGACAUCGGAUUGCAACAGUAAAUGUGGGUGUCGAGACAUGGCGUACGACCCCAUCUGUGGCACCAACAACGUCACGUACUUCUCCCCGUGCCACGCCGGCUGUACCGGCAUGGAGAAAGGCCAAGAUGGGCUCAAGGUAUUUACGAAGUGUGAGUGUGUGUUGAGACUGGCCUCCCCCGCCCACACACCAACUCCAUCCAUCAGCCCUGGGAUGGGCGACGCGCGCCUCGCCAGGGACUCGGCCCUCCGGGGGAAAUGCCCAGCACCCUGCUCCUUCAUGCCCAUCUUCCUAGUCAUAUUCUUCGUCGUGAUGAUUCUCACGUUUAUCAUAAGUUUACCUGCGCUCACUGGAACGUUACGGUGUGUGCCGGACACUCAUCGAUCCUUCGCCCUGGGUCUACAGUGGAUUGUGGUCCGCCUCUUGGGCACCAUACCUGGGCCAAUCCUCUUUGGGGCCCUCAUAGACAACACCUGCAUCUUGUGGCAGUCCACCUGUGGCAAGGGCGGCGCCUGCAUGAGCUAUGAUAACUUCUACAUGAGCAGGUACAUGAUGGGCAUCUCCAUAAUCUUCAAGUCCUUGUCCACGGUGCUAUUCUUCGUGGCGUGGUGGUUGUACGUGGCGCCGCAGGAGAGCCCCAAUGUUCCCACGCCCUCCUCCCCCGCCAUCGACACCUACAGACCCCCACCAAGCUCGCCACACACAAAGAACUCCAAGAAUUUGAAAGACUUGAGAGGCAUCGACAAUCCAGCGUCAGAUGUCUCGUGAGGAGAGACGCUGUUAGUUAGAAAUUAAUCCGUUUAUAUACAGUAUAUAUUAUUUUAUAAUUACACAUGACAAUUUUAUGGGCAAUAGAAGUUCAUCCGUUUUAUGUAAAUAUAUAUUUUAUUUCUACGAUUUCAAACUUCUUUGUGUAGGUCCUUGUGAGCGACGAGUUUUACUGUAAUUAUUGAUCGCUGUCCUGUGAUUGUUGUCAUGGUUGUGUUUUAGAGUAUUGCUCUGCCUUUAACAAAUGGCGUGCCUUCUCCUCCAUCCAUAUACCAUCUGUGUUAUGUAUGUAACAUAGUAACAUAUUCUACUCCCCUCAAAAGGUACAUAAAUCAGUUUUAUGGAUUUAUAUAUAUUUUUUUGCAAACUGGGCAUUUUAGGCAUGAGAAAACUUAAGUAGUUGGUCAUAAAAAUGCCUCUUGUUGAAACCAUUUAUUUCGUCAAUGUAUAGGUUUUAUACACAAGUUUCCCAUAGCCUGUCCUGGUUGACUCGAGAAACCAUGAUCACAGGUGUACAACACUCACCCCUCAACGUGGACAAGUGUUAUUUUUAGCAUUGCUUUGAUAUUCCAUUAAACUACCUUUAACAAGCGAAUUGUAAGAAGUAUAUAUAUAUAUAUAUAUAUAUA